GAAACUUGGCGGUUAAAGCUCCAGUUGGGACCCUGCGACGCGAGACGGGGAGGAACUGGGAAGGGACGUAUAGUUUGAGACGGUGCUGAAGUAGGAUCAUGAAGGAAGAGGUGAAGGGAAUUCCUGUAAGAGUGGCACUGCGUUGUCGCCCUCUGGUUCCCAAAGAGAUUAGCGAGGGCUGCCAGAUGUGCCUUUCUUUCGUGCCCGGGGAGCCUCAGGUGGUGGUUGGUACUGAUAAGUCCUUUACCUACGAUUUUGUGUUUGACCCCUCUACUGAACAGGAAGAAGUCUUCAAUACAGCAGUAGCACCACUCAUAAAAGGCGUAUUUAAAGGAUAUAAUGCAACUGUCCUGGCCUAUGGGCAGACUGGCUCUGGAAAAACCUAUUCAAUGGGAGGUGCAUACACUGCAGAGCAAGAGAAUGAACCAACAGUUGGGGUCAUUCCUAGGGUAAUACAAAUGCUCUUCAAAGAAAUUAAUAAGAAAAGUGACUUUGAAUUUACUCUGAAAGUGUCUUACUUAGAGAUUUACAAUGAAGAAAUUUUGGAUCUUCUAUGCUCAUCUCGUGAGAAAGCCUCUCAAAUAAAUAUACGCGAGGAUCCUAAAGAAGGCAUAAAGAUUGUAGGACUCACUGAGAAGACUGUUUUAGUUGCCCUGGAUACUAUUUCCUGUUUGGAGCAGGGCAACAACUGUAGGACUGUGGCCUCCACAGCUAUGAACUCCCAGUCAUCCCGAUCUCAUGCCAUCUUUACAAUCUCUAUAGAGCAGAGAAAGAAAAAUGACAAGAAUAGCAGCUUUCGCUCCAAGCUGCAUCUUGUAGACCUUGCUGGAUCAGAAAGGCAGAAGAAAACCAAGGCUGAAGGAGAUCGUCUAAAAGAGGGUGAGAAAGUAAUUAAGGUCAUAGUUGUGGAUAAAAAUUUCUAGUAGUCCUAUUGGUAUUGUUAGUGUUUUGACUGGGAUAUUUCAGAUCACAUUCUAACAAUAACUACAAUUCAAAUUUGAGGCUGAUUUCAGAAAUAGUGGAAAAUUUUUUCUUUCCCUUGCACUCAUUCUCUAAUUCAGGUAUGAGAUUUGGAUCUGGCACUUGGUUUGACUUUAUCUGGUCUAGGCAAGUUUUAGCUUUUGUAUUGUUUUGUUUUACUGUCAGCUACUUAUAAUUAAAAUAAAUAUGCUGAUUCUGUCAUUUUAAGUAUUCGCUAUCCCUUCCAGAAGUUGUCACAUAUAAACCUCAUCAGCAUAGUUUCCAUAUAUUCAUUCAAGUUGU